AUGGGAGCGCCUCAAGAGGAUAAUGAUGCUCGCCAGCUAUUGAAGAUUGUGACGUACAUUUUUGCUGGCUUGUCAAUGAUGCUUAAUAUUAGGUUAACCUACAGUGCUGCUCCAUAUGCUCUGCUAAGGUUUAAACUUCCUGAGAAUUUGUUCAGUAUAUUCGUCAGGAAGAUGGCAAGUUCGCUUGAAGUUUGGUGUCUACCAAGCAUGCUAAUAGGUAAUCUUAUUGAACUUACAGAUAAAUACAUUGAUGGUGGACAUGAACAGAGUCAAUAUUCUGAUGCUAUCAAGUAUGAUGUUGAUGGUAGUAAUCUUGGUGCGGGACUUAGGCUUAAAGCUGAAGAACUACAGAUUGCUGCUACGGCACUUAAAGAUAAGGCUACCAGUGUUGGUGGUAGUCUUAGUACACUUAAAGGUAAUGCCGAAACUCUAGCCACUUCAGCUGGAAAACUAGCUGGCGGUACUGUUAGUAAUGCUGACAAUGUAAUAGACAAAUACGACACAUUAGAAGGUACAUACAAUGGACUAACUACUGAUAAGGAUAAGGUAGAAACUGAAUUUAAAGUUGUCAGUCAUAUAUACGAACGAAUGCUCAACGUGAAGAAAGCUAACCUACUCAAGGGUCAAGUUGGUAAUGGUAAUGAUACUAAGAUUUGGAAGAAGGCCAAGGAACUACAUACUAAAGCCAACACACUAGCCACUGCCAGUAAACUUCAAACUGGUCAAGAAGAACUUAAAAAACUUGCAGAAGCACUUGCUAAUGCUGUAGGAGCCAGUGAUUCAGUAGGUCUCCGAAAGGCUCUCUCAGAUCUCAGUAGUGCUAGUGAAAGUGAUAAAGCAGAUUUUUUUAAGAAGGCCAUGGAAGUCAUCGCAAAGUACAACGAAGUUAACAAUGCCUACAAAGCUGUUAAGGCAAAAGAAGAUAGUGGAAGUCAAUAUACUAGUGCUCUUGCUGGUGAAACACAGAAAUAUGAACAAGUUACAUCUAAUUUCGGAGCACUUCAAGGAGCCUACAAUGCUGGCAAGUGUAAGGCUAUCAAACUUAUUUAUGACAAACCUGUGAUUAGAUAUUCUUCUAUAUUUUGGACUUGGAUGAAUUUUCUCACAUUUGUUAUUCUAUUUUUCGUGUUUAUUACCGGUGGUGACCAGGGCCAUGUCACCUUAUUUUACUGGGUUAUUGCUGCGUCUGGGUUUGUGUUUGGUAUCUAUAUGGUCAUGGUCUAUGCUAUGGAGUGGUGGUUCCUAAAUUGGUACAUGAUCGGUGAAAACUCUUUCCCCAUUGUUACAUCAUUUAUGCAUUACGUAUCUAUUCUUAUGUUUGGUAACAGGAGGAAGUGGAACACUGACUAUAUAGCAGUAAUUAUUGACAUGACUAUCUCAAGCAUAAUUGCCCUUGUAGCAGCAACUUUGUGGACAUACUGCUAUAAGGAUCCUCCACCAUUUGAAUAUGAUGCACCCAGUUCCAUUAAUCCAGCUAUAGUGUCUCCUGUCAUCAUGGUCCUCGUAGGUAUGGGUGUUGUCUAUGCCGUUUAUCCCGCAAUCGCACCAGGAAUGAUAGUACCUUUUUACCUUAUUGACAAGAUUGAAAUGGUACUUCUUAUCCUAACAUGUUUCCCACCAGUCAUUGUGGCAGUUGUUUCUAGAGAGAAAUACACUGAGUCACCCAAGGCAGAAUGGGCCAAACCUUCAGUUGUUUGGGAACCUAAUACUGACAACAGGUUUUGGCAUACUUUUAUCCUUAUCCCACCAUUUCAAAUCUGUUUGACGGUAAUAUUUAUUUAUUCACUUCACUACAGAGAAUCAUCCCUAUCCCGUUCCAUUAUUAACCAGCCUAAGACAUCCACAUGUCUGGCAAUUCUAUUUUAUAUGUGUCAUGAAAUUCAACUGGCCGUAGGAUUUCCAGGUAUGGUUGGGAACAAGGGAGGUGACCACGUUAUGUUACCAACACAAUAUGCUGGUGCGUUACUCAUGAUAUUCUUAGCGUUGUAUUCUGAAGGUUAUAUUACUGAGUAUAAACGUCAUGACCCAAGUAGAUGGCCUACUACAGGAAUGACUAAGUGGAACGCUUUCUGCUACUGGACUAAAAGAGCUUCUAAAAUCUGUAAUCACAAUAUAGCAUCACUGUUCACCAGGGAUCUACGUAAAGACCUGUUACUCUGUAUUCAGACUAAUGAGUUAAUAUAA